AUGAAUACCAGUAACAAACCGGUGAAGGGUUUCCUUUUGGAUAUUACCGGUGUUUUGUAUAACAGCGAUCCAAACACGAUUGGACGUGUUAUAGAGGGAUCAGUGGAAGCAGUUAAUAGACUCUAUGCUGAAAGUGCAGUUCGCUUUGUAACAAAUGAAAGUUCGCGUAGUCGUAAACAUUUAUUCGAAAAGUUGACAAAGCUUGGAUUUACUUUGAAGGAAGAGCACAUUUUCAUGCCCGUCCCGGAAGCGAAACGAUACAUCAAGGAUCAUAACCUUAGACCUCAUAUACUGGAAUUUGAAGAUCUUGAUACAAAUAAUCCGAAUUGCGUCUUAAUGGGUGAUGCUGAAGCAGGGUUUACCUAUGAAACAAUGAAUGCUGCUUUUCGUGUCCUACAUGAAACGAGUGAUCCUUUGAUUGUUACUUUAGGUUGUGGAAAAUUUUAUCAACGAAUAGAUGGGCCGUGUAUGGAUGUCGGUGGUUUUGCAUGUGCAUUGCAGUAUGCAUGUGACGCACGAGUCAUUACUGUAGGUAAACCAGAUAAGCAAUUUUUCAUGACUGCUGUUGAUGAUAUGGGUUUAAUGACUGAUGAGGUUGUAAUGAUUGGUGAUGAUAUUGUGUCGGAUGUCGGUGGGGCGCAGAAAGCUGGAAUCAGAGGUGUACAAGUACGUACAGGAAAGUGGAGACAAUCUUGGAUAAACCAUAGCGUUAAGCCUGAUCUGAUAGCUGAUGACUUGCAGUCCGCUGUAAAUAUGCUUCUGAAGAAAUCAGUAAACUAA